AUGGCAACACCCUCCACGCUUGAACCAAUUCCCGUCCUGCUCUGCGGCAAGUUCCCGAGCCACACUAAAGCCACGAGCGAGAUUUUGCAGCCAGAAUUUAAAGUAAUUAAAAUCUGCACCAACCCAUCAGAAGCCGCAACGGCAGUGAAAGCCCUCUUUUCAAGCAGCGGCAGCAGCAAUGGCAACAACAACAGCAACAGCAAGCCUAUCCUUGACGGCAUCGAAUACGACCGGCCUCGCGUCGUGAUCAUGGGCGGCGGCUACUCCCACGCCGAUUUUGCCGCCAUUCAUAAUGUUGUCGACGGCGCUCGGUCCGUUCCCUGGGUCCGGCCGUUGGGAACCAAGCCGGAUGGGCCCGAGAGGCUUCCCGCGCAGCCGCCCUCGGCCGGGGAGAUUGCUGGUCGGGUGAGGAGGGUGCUAGACGAGCACCUGGGGGAGCUGCGGGAGGGGGGCGGUGCUGGGCAGAUUUGGUGGAUGUGA